AUGAACGUGAAGCCAUCUCAGCUUUGCUUGAAUACCUUGAAAACUCAUGGACCAUUAAGAGCGUUAAGUACACUAGUAUACUCUGAUAAUAUAGAUUUACAAAGAAGUGCAGCUUUAGCAUUUGCAGAAAUAACUGAAAAAGAUGUUAGACCUGUUGAUAGAGAAGUUUUAGAACCAAUAUUAAUUCUUUUACAAAGUUCAGAUCCAGAAGUUCAAAGAGCGGCUUGUGCAGCUUUAGGAAACUUAGCUGUUAAUAAUGAUAACAAAAUUUUAAUUGUUGAUAUGGGAGGUUUAGAACCUUUAAUUCGUCAAAUGUUGAGUACAAAUAUUGAAGUUCAAUGUAAUGCAGUUGGUUGUAUAACAAAUUUAGCAACUCAAGACGAUAAUAAAGCUAAAAUUGCAAGAUCUGGUGCCUUAGUUCCAUUAACAAAAUUGGCAAAAUCAAAAGAUCUGAGAGUUCAAAGAAAUGCCACAGGUGCACUAUUAAAUAUGACACAUUCAAAUGAAAAUAGACAAGAAUUAGUUAAUGCAGGUGCUGUCCCAGUUUUAGUUUCUUUAUUAUUAUCACAAGAUGCUGAUGUUCAAUAUUAUUGUACUACUGCAUUAUCGAAUAUUGCAGUUGAUGAAUCAAAUAGAAAAAAAUUAUCACAAACUGAACCAAGAUUGGUUACUCAAUUAGUUCAAUUAAUGGAUUCAACAAGUCCGAGAGUUCAAUGUCAAGCAACUUUAGCUUUAAGAAACUUAGCUUCUGAUGCUGGUUAUCAAUUAGAAAUUGUUAGAGCCGGUGGAUUACCACAUCUUGUUACAUUAUUACAAUCCUCUCAUCAACCAUUAGUAUUGGCUGCUGUUGCUUGUAUUAGAAAUAUUUCAAUUCAUCCAUUAAAUGAAGGAUUAAUUAUUGAUGCUGGAUUUUUGAAACCUUUAGUUUCUUUACUAGAUUAUAACGAUUCAGAAGAAAUUCAAUGUCAUGCAGUUUCAACUUUAAGAAAUUUAGCUGCAAGCUCAGAAAGAAAUAGAUUAGCAUUAUUAGAUGCCAAUGCUGUAUUGAAAUGUAAAGAAUUGGUCUUGAAUACACCAGUUAGUGUACAAAGUGAAAUAUCUGCAUGUUUUGCUAUUUUGGCUUUAGCUGAUGAUUUAAAAAUUAAAUUACUGGAAUUAGGUCUUGUUGAAGUUUUAAUACCUUUAACAUUUUCACAAAAUGGUGAAGUUUGUGGUAAUGCAGCUGCUGCUUUAGCUAAUUUAUGUUCAAGAAUUAAUGAUUAUAGACAAAUUAUUCAAAGUUGGGAAACUCCAGAAAAUGGUAUUUUAGGUUUUUUGAUUAGAUUUUUAAAUUCUGAAAAUCCAACAUUUGAGCAUAUUGCCCUAUGGACAAUUUUACAAUUAUUAGAAAGUGGAAAUAAUGAAAUUAUUGAAUUGAUCAAGAAUAACUCAGAAUUAAUUGAUGUUAUUAAGAAAUUAGCUGAUGCAAACUAUUCUGCUGCUUCACAAAAUAAUAACAAUAACUUUAUGAAUAGUCAAGAUUAUGAUGAUUCAAAGGUUGAAUUAUACAAUUUAACUCAACAAAUUUUACAAUAUGUCAAUUAA